AGCCAUCGGUCCGUUGAGACGCAGCCCCUGGAGGUGGAAGUUGACCCGAGGUCUGCAUGCGUUCUGAAAGUCUACACGGAUAUGCAGCUGCUUCGGGACAACCUCACAAGGCAGCCCUUUGCGUUGACUGAUAAGAUGGAUGAGGCGGACAUACUCUGGCUGAAUCAACAUUACAAGGAUUUUCGUCAGUUGGGGUUCCUCUACAUCCGCAGGCCUCCGCUGUAUGUGUAA